AGUAUACGUAUGCGAGAAUAAUCUGUGAUCAUUAUUUUUAUCUGUGACAAAUCUGACAUAAAAGUUGACAGUUUUUUUUUGUACGCUCUAGAUUUUCUUUUUCUUUAUGGUCUUUUAAAUUCUGACUUGUUUUGACCACCGGUGAAAUAGUGGUUAUUCAAGAUGGGUAAGGGUAAUAAUAUGAUCCCAAAUGGCCAUUUCCACAAGGAUUGGCAAAGGUUUGUGAAAACCUGGUUUAACCAGCCUGCUAGAAGACACCGCAGAAAGCAAAACAGGAUCAAGAAGGCUAAGGCUAUUGCCCCUCGUCCUGCAGCUGGACCCCUACGUCCCGUCGUUCGGUGCCCCACAGUGCGUUAUCACACUAAAGUUCGUGCUGGACGUGGAUUUACCCUUCGUGAAAUCAGGGCUGCUGGUCUGAGCUCUGCCUUCGCCAGAACUAUUGGUAUUGCUGUCGACCCUCGCAGGCGUAACAAGUCUGUAGAGUCAUUACAGACCAAUGUUCAGAGACUAAAGGAGUACCGCGCGCGUCUCAUUCUCUUCCCUAAGGGCAAGAAGGUGCUUAAGGGUGAAGCCAAUGAGGAAGAGCGUAAGUUGGCAACUCAACUGCGCGGGCCACUGAUGCCAGUGCAACAGCCUGCCCCUAAGUCUGUCGCCAGAGCCAUCACUGAAGAGGAGAAGGACUUCAAGGCAUACCAAUACCUCCGAGGAGCUCGUUCCAUUGCCAAGCUUGUUGGUAUCCGUGCCAAGAGGCUGAAGGAUGCGGCUGAAAACCCUGAUGAUGUGACUAAAGCUCCUACUGCAGUCAAAGACCCUAAGGCUAAGAAGUGAAGCAAGGAGACAUAAAUAAAAAUCAAAAAACUUA